CAGAACAAUGUCGAGCGCGCAGGAAGGGGUCGACGCAAAACAAAACAAACACGGAGUGCACUAGUUACACCGCCAAGUGCACCGGAGUGCGCGCGUCCCUGACGAGAAGCACGUGGCGAGGCUGACAUAACCUCUCGCCUACGAGCACGCGAGAAUAAAGGCUAUUGGAAGAGAUUUUAACGUUACCCACGAGUUUAUUGGAAACAGAAUAGUAACAGACAGUAAAGUAUUCCGGGGUGUGUUCAAUGCGUCGAAUGACGGAGUCGAAGACGCGGUAGCGCCAAGCCGGGAGCAACAAAGAACACGCGGUAACGCUCGAAGCGGUGUACGAUUUGAUCGCAGAGACUGAAAAAAAUAAUCCAAUAGUCUCCCUUUUUUUUUUACAUGAUCAAGUAGAAAGGCUGGAUUGUGUACAUGUGCCGUCUAAACUCCGAGCUGAAGGCAACCCUGAAGCGAGAGACGAAAAAAUCAUGCGGGAAUGUUUGUUAGCUUUUCUCCCUGUGCGUACACAUUGAGAGUUUUACGCAAGCCAUACUCUACGAUGGUGAACACGGGUCCCGGCAGAUCGCCGGUGGAAAUGACUACUCGGAAAGCCCCGUUGGUCUUCGAGGUUCUCGCCGAGUGCGAGACCACAAAGGCCAGAGCCGGCAAGAUGACGCUUGUUCACCAUCACGUGGAUACGCCGGUGUUCAUGCCGGUGGGAACGCAGGGAACACUGAAAGGAUUGCUGCCGCAGCAACUGGAGCAGUUAGAUUGCCAGAUAAUUCUUGGCAAUACCUAUCAUCUUGGAAACAGACCUGGUGCAGAUAUUUUGCGUAAAGCCGGAGGUUUGCACAAAUUCAUGAAUUGGAAAAGGGCUCUGUUAACGGACUCGGGUGGUUUCCAAAUGGUUUCGUUGUUACAGCUGGCUGAGAUAACGGAGGAAGGUGUCAAGUUUAAAUCACCAUAUAAUGAAUCUGAGUGUAUGUUGACGCCCGAACAUUCCAUUCAAAUUCAAAAUGCCAUUGGAGCUGACAUAAUUAUGCAGCUCGACGACGUCGUUAAAACUACCUCAACCGGGCCAAGAGUAGAGGAAGCAAUGCAUAGAACGAUACGUUGGCUGGACCGUUGCUUAUCAGCACAUGAAAGACCAGAGGAGCAAAGUAUAUUCCCAAUCGUGCAGGGUGGUCUCGAUCCCGAAUUACGAUCUGAAUGCGCACGCCAGUUGAUAAGGCGAGAGGUGAACGGGUAUGCUGUAGGAGGUUUGAGUGGUGGUGAAAGCAAGGAUGAUUUUUGGAGAAUGGUCCAUCUGUCAACGAGUAUCCUUCCGAAGAAUAAACCGCGGUACCUCAUGGGUGUUGGAUUUGCAGAGGAUUUAAUUAUAUGCAGUGCGUUAGGCAUCGAUAUGUACGAUUGCGUGUUCCCGACGAGGACCGCCAGGUUUGGUUGCGCGCUGGUGAAAACCGGACAGCUCAGUCUGAGGCAGGCGCAAUACAAGAAGGACUCGAGGCCGAUAGACGAGUCGUGCGAGUGUAGUACCUGCAAGACUUACACACGAGCUUAUCUGCAUCAAAUCGCCACUGUGGAGACGGUAUCGUGUCAUCUGUUAACCGUUCACAAUAUCGCGUUCCAAAUGAGGCUCAUGCGAGACAUCAGAGACAGCAUAAAAGAGCAGAGGUUCCCCAGAUUCAUACAGGACUAUAUGUCGACAAUUUAUCCCAAUAGAGAUUAUCCAACGUGGAUAAUCAAUGCUUUAGAGGCUGUCAAUGUUACCCUAGUAUAAAACUAGAAUUUGUACCGAGCUUACUGCCGCAGCCUUCUCUAGCCCAUUUACAUUUUUUAUAGAAUUUCAUUUUCACCAAAUGUUAAAGAAGGAUAAACGAUGUAUCAUGCAGAUUAUGCGUGAAACGGAACGCACCCUUAGUAAAAUAUAUGUAGCAUUCGUACGUCACGUUUUUGGCUAGAUGGUUUUUUAAAUAAACAUGUAUUUAAGAUGACCUUAGAUACAAUAAAUUUGAUUGUAAACAAGCCUUAGUAUGCACUCAGUGUGCACUAUAGUGCGAGCAACCAAAUUCGCUAUCAGUUUUCUUGUUUUAGAUUAUAGUGACAUAUCUAAGUACUUGCUAGUUCUUGUAAAUAAGUACGCGAUAACUCGACAAUCUUGUUUGCCAUUGGCAUGAUGACUUAGUAAGUACCGAGCAUCAGCUACAGAAAUUGCAUUUAUGUUACAAUUUCUCAUACAACAAUGUAAAUGUAAUAUAACACUUGUGUAAAUUGUAACAUAAAUGCAAUGUAGAGCUGAUACUCGGUGUUUACUGAGAACCGUAGUUACACAGCACUUCUUUAGAAAUUUAUAAAUGACGAAGCAGUCUUCUAUUAUACAGAUGGGUGUAAUGUACAUUGAUUCGUAGAAAUGUCUACAAUUUUGCAAAUACAACAUUUGCAAAAGAAUGUCGUUAUAAAUCAAAUAAAUAAUUGUACACGA